AUGUCAUUGGUAAUUGAUAACGCCAAGUUUCACGAAAUUAUUCAAGAACAAAUUGCUAAACAAAAACAUGAUCAUACGGAAACAAAAUUCAACCACAAAAUUUAUCGUACAAUAAUAAAAAAAGUAAAACGCAAAAUACGUCGACAAGUAGUUGCCAGAAAACGUGAUGAACAAAUCCAAAUCGAAGAAGAUCAACGUUCAAAAGAUCCGUUAUAUCAAGCAGGGUUGGCACAACAAGAAGAAAUUCAAAAAAAAAAAGAAUUAGAAGAGGAAAAAGAAAAGAAAUGUCAACUAUGGCAUGAACGUGAACUCUUAGCAAAAAUUCAAUGGGAAGCGAAACAGAAGAGAGAACAAGCUGCCAAAAUACAACAACAGCAACAAGCUAAAACAGUACAUGCUUUAUCAACGAAGACAUCGAAUUUGAAAAUUAAAUCAACUAGAACAUCCGCAUCUAAAAUUCAAAUUGAAAAAGAAAAGCCAACAGCUGUUAUUGGCCAGCAAUUAGAAGAUCAACCAACGCAUAAUCCAUUCGCGUCUGGUAUUGCUGGUAUUGAAAGACCGAAAUGUUCAUUUUUUUUGAAAACGGGCGUAUGUAAAUAUAAUGAAAGAUGUUCUCGUUUUCAUGAUCGACCAGAUGUAAGCAAUACGAUUUUACUUUUGAAUAUGUAUUCAAAUUUUGAAAUGCAAUAUGGUCUUGAUGACGAAUAUGAUGCAGAUAUUGGUCUUGAAUUUGAAGAAUCUGAACGUUAUCAAAAUUUUAAAGAAUUUUAUUAUGAUGUUCUACCAGAAUUUGAAGCAUUUGGACACGUUGUUGAAUUUAAAGUUUGUUCAAAUUUUGAAAUACAUUUAAGAGGAAAUGUUUACGUACAAUUUAAAACGGACGAUGAAGCAGUACGUGCAUUUCAACGAAUGAAUGGGCGCUUUUAUGGUGGAAAAAUGUUACAAUGUGAAUUUGUUAAUAUCACAAACUGGAAAAAUUCUAUUUGUGGUAUGUAG